AGAUCCAGAUCCUGCGGGGCCCCAAACAAUUUUUUUCCAAAUAAAAAGAAAUAACAAUCAAGGUAGUUAGCGCUGGCCUCGUGCAUCCCACCUGCCAUCGCAUAUCUUUGGAAGAAACGGGAUGAAACACGGCUUCCAAACAAAAACAUGUGCGGCGCAGAGCGAGCGCGGUGGAAGCAGGGCUGCCAAGGCACGUUCCAAAUGUUUAGGGCGUAACCGCCUAAGCCGACCUACUACUGCGACUCUCCGGGGCCGUCCUUCCACCACGAAGCCGCUCUCUAUUUCCUCCUCUCUUCUCCCCCUCCCUGCAGCGAAGCGAAGCGAAGAACGAAGAUGGUGGAGAUAGUCGAACCCAACACCUGCGUCCGUGGCUGUUGCACCAGCUCUACCAUCCCUCUUCACCUCCCCCCUUCCUCCUACGCCCUCCUCGCUCCCAUCGCCCGAGGUUCCGAGAGCACCGUCUACGACGCGAGGCUCGGCGGCGCGAGAGUCGCCGUCAAGAAGCCCGUCCUCUCCACCGCCGAUGAUCUCGACAAGUUCCACCGGGAACUGCAGCUGCUGUGCAAGCUGGAUCAGCCGGGGGUGGCCAAGCUGGUGGCGGCCCAUGCGAGGCCUCCCAAUUACAUGCUCUUCUUCCAGUUCUACGAGUCGCGGAACCUGGCCGAGAAAUUGCAUGUCCAAGAGUGGAGCCCUUCCAUCUACCAAGUGCUCACCAUUGCCUGCGAUCUAGCGAAAGCUCUUCAGUACCUACACAACCUUGGAAUUGUACAUAGGGAUGUAAAACCUGCAAAUAUCCUUCUGGACAAGGACCUUCGUCCUCACCUAGCGGAUUUUGGUCUGGCUAUGUACAAGAAGGAUCUUAAACAUGUUUCAGUUGAAAAUUGGAAAUCAUCUGGCAAGCCUACUGGUGGUUUUCACAAAAGAAACAUGGUUGGGACGCUCAUCUACAUGGCACCAGAAAUUCUGAGAAAGGAUAUACACACAGAAAAAUCUGAUGUCUAUAGUUUUGGAAUAUCUAUCAAUGAACUUCUUACCGGUGUUGUUCCUUACACAGAUCUAAGAGCAGAAGCUCAGGCACACACUGUGCUUGAAAUGAGCUAUACCGAACAACAACUUACUGCAGCAGUUGUUUCCGAGGGUCUGCGUCCUAUUCUUGCUCAUCAUGACAUUGGAGCACCAUCAGAUCUGUUGUCACUCAUUAAAAGGUGUUGGGACCCAAAUCCCUUACAUAGGCCUUCAUUUGAUGACAUAGUUGAGGAAUUAACUUUCAUCAUGGAGCAUGUGGAAAAAGUCUCUUGUCCAUCAUUGGUUUCCCCCAGCAAUCAAUGCCAAAAUGGCAUGAUGGAUCUCCAGUAUUUUAAAGAAUUGAACUGGUACGAUCAAGGAGAACAAUCAGCCAGGAUAACAAAUGCAGCAAAGUCCAAUAUGAGGCUGUGGGCUAGUUCUUUUAAUGAAUCACAUUACCAUCCAACUUUAUCUUGGGGAUCUUUUGCAACAUGUGGAAGAAGGGAAACAAUGGAAGAUACUCACUUCAUGCUUCCACAAAUGUGCAAUGAGAACGAUGUUCAUGCUUUUGGAAUUUUUGAUGGCCAUAGAGGUGCAGCAGCUGCUGAGUUUUCUGCCCGAGCACUACCAGGAUUCUUACAGAAUGCUGGUUAUACAUGCAGUCCAACAGAUGCACUUAUUAAAGCAUUUACAAGGACAGAUGAGGCAUUCAGAGAUGGGUUAGUCUUGCACCGUAACUCAAAAAGAAUUAUUCAGAAAGAUUGGCAUCCUGGUUGUACUGCAGUUGCAGCAUUAAUAGUGAGGAACAAGCUUUUCGUUGCAAAUGCUGGUGAUUGCCGUGCAAUUUUAAGCCGUUCUGGCCACCCAUUUCCUAUGAGUAAGGAUCAUGUUGCAAGCUGUGCUGAUGAAAGAACACGUGUUAUCAAAGAAGGCAUUAAAGUGAAGUGGCUAGUAGACACAUGGAGGGUCGGUCCAGCUGCUCUCCAGGUCACACGUUCAAUCGGUGACGAUGAUCUGAAGCCUGCAGUAACAGCACGGCCUGAGAUAACUGAGACUUCCUUAACAGCAGAUGAUGAAUUCCUGGUAAUGGCUAGUGAUGGAUUAUGGGAUGUGCUGAGCAAUGAGGAUGUGAUAUCCAUCAUCAAAGACACCGUUAAAGAGCCUGCAAUGUGUUCCAAGAGACUGGCCACAGAAGCUGUCGAACGUGGCAGCAAAGAUAAUAUCACGGUCAUUGUUGUAUUCCUUCGCCCGGUUUCUACUGCUGAGAGAAUUUACUAGUGUUUGGGGAUGUAUUUCUAAUAUGAUGGCACUCCUUUCAAACAAUUCUUUUGCUGUCAAAUUCUAUUGACAACUGUAAAGCAGCAGCACUGUAAUCUUUUCCAACAAUUUUUGAGCGAUCAUGAUGACUCUGAAAUCCAUUAUACCACUGUGAACAAGAUUGUGAAAGAAAAAUGAAAGCUGUCCUCAGUUUUAGCUUCCUUUUCUACCUCA